CCCCCCCAGUGGUCACCUCUAAUCCUGCCUCACCCCUUUUCCUCCCUCUGCCUGGACUGAUCCUGCAGACUUCAGCUCCAGCCUCACCCUCGCCCCAUAUCGACGCAGUUCAGGAAACCAAACGACAAUGUCCAUCAGCGAGCGAUUCGACUGCAAUUACUGCAAAGACGCCCUGCUGGGGAAGAAGUACAUAAUGAAAGAGGACAAACAGUACUGCCCCAAGUGUUAUGAGAACCUGUUUGCUAAUAACUGCGAGGGCUGCUCUUUAGCAAUUGGCUGUGACUGCAAGGACUUGUCUCACAAGGAUCGCCACUGGCACGAGGAGUGUUUCAAGUGUGCAAAGUGCAGCCGCUCUUUGGUGGAAAAGGCCUUUGCCGCCAAGGAUGAUUUGUUACUUUGCACCGAAUGCCACGCACACGAUUAUUCCUCCAAGUGCACCACUUGCAAGAAAACCGUCAUGCCAGGAUCCCGCAAAAUUGAAUACAAGGGGAACAGCUGGCAUGAGACCUGCUUCCUGUGUCACCGCUGCCAGCAGCCAAUAGGAACCAAGUCCUUCAUCCCAAAAGACACCGGCUACUUCUGUGUGCCCUGCUUCGAGAAGCAGUUCGCCUACCAGUGCUGUAUUUGUAAGAAGGCCAUCACAACGGGUGGAGUUACCUACCAAGACAAGCCGUGGCACCGCGAGUGCUUUCUAUGCAUCAGCUGCAGGAAGCAGCUUUCGGGUCAGCGCUUCACCUCCAAGGAAAACUACCCGUACUGCCUCGAGUGCUUCAGCAACCUGUAUGCAAAGAAGUGCGUGGGCUGCACCAAGCCCAUCACCAGUCUGGCAGGGGCCAAGUACAUCUCUUUUGAGGAACGCCAGUGGCACAGCGAGUGUUUCACGUGCAUUCAGUGCUCCGUGUCGCUGGUCGGACGCGGCUUCCUCACCGAGCGCGACAACAUCUUGUGCACCGACUGCGGCAGAGAGAAGUGAUGUUUCCAUGAUGCUUAAUCCCAAUGACAAAGAGUGCUUCUGUUCUGGUACAGAUAUUGUGUAUCCAUGGAAAUGUCUACUUUGCAAACCUCUUAUAUAAACAAACUCUCAAUGUCAAGUGCUUAUUUUGUUGUUGUACAUAACCAUUCGAUCCCUCACAAUGUUGCCAAGUUGCCAUUCUUAUAUUGUUAAAAUUAAAAAAAAAUAAA